CUUGUUCAAUCACCUCAGAAUGCAUUGAAAUAAUAGACAACAAUACUGAUCCAACCGGUCCAUCCCACUGUCACGUUCCAAGAAAUCUCAUGUCUCCUCUCUCAGGCUCGGACUUUAUUCCGACACUCUUCUUCCCUUUCCUUAAAUUAUUCCCCGAAUGGCAGUUUCAAUUGCCCUGAACCCCAGGCCAAGAAAAGAAACGUGGGGGUAGUUGCAUUGAGAUUUCCUUACUUUGACUUCACCAGACCAGUAACGAUGCUCUGCAGAACACCCAUUCAUUCAGAAUGAGCCCCAUCGGAUCUCCCCUCCUUCUGUGGGGUGCGUGGGGGUGCGAAUAAUCAUCCGCAUCAUAGGCUCAAUUGAGAGGGAACUAUACUAGACAUAAGGUGCCACUGAAUCCGACCCCCCUCUUUGGAACCACAUUCCUUCUUAUGUCUGCUAUUCUUUAAUCUGGACCUCCCUCCAUCUUUGACUUCAUUUCUAUCUCCCCUGUUAUCCCUUCCUCAGCUUCUUCAGAUCUUACAAUCACAGCAUUAUGGCUCCAAUCGGAACAACAGCAAAACGCCCCUUGACCCCCGGUUUCUACGUCCCAACGGUCGCUUUCUUUACCGGCCCCAAUGAAGAUGUCGAUGUCCCCACCGUAGAGAAACAUGCCGCCUAUCUCGCCCAAUCCGGAGUCACUGGUAUAGUCGUACAAGGCAGCAACGGCGAAGCGGUCCACCUAGACAGAGAUGAACGGAAGACAAUCACAGCAGCUACCCGUCGGGCGUUGGACGCCCAUGGAGCCGAGUCGAUGCCUGUCAUUGUUGGAUGCGGCGGCUCGUCUACCCGUGAAACGAUUCAAUUGUGCAGGGAUGCCGGCGAGUCUGGAGGCGACUAUGCCUUGGUCCUACCGCCAUCCUACUACAAAUCGCUGAUGAGCACGGAGGCCCUGCGCGACCACUUCCGCGCCGUGGCAUCCGCAUCCCCCGUCCCCGUCUUGAUCUACAACUUCCCCGGUGCAUCAUCCGGUCUGGACCUCACAUCCGACGACAUCCUAGCGCUUUCAGAGCACCCGAACAUAAUUGGUGUCAAGCUGACUUGUGGUAACACCGGAAAAUUGGCCCGCGUUGCCGCCCAGGCCAAACCAGAAUUUCUGACGUUUGGCGGAUCCGCUGAUUUCACACUUCAAACCCUCGUCGCUGGUGGUGCGGGAAUCAUCGGUGGUACUGCCAAUCUGAUCCCCCGGUCAUGUGUCUAUGUCAUGAAGCUGUACAAUGAGGGUAGGAUAAAGGAGGCCCAGCAGGCCCAGGCAGUGGUGGCCCGCGCGGAUUGGCAUGCGAUCAAAGGGGGCUUUGUGGCUGUCAAGAGUGCACUGCAGAGUUAUAAGGGGUAUGGUGCCCAACCGCGACGGCCGUGUGUGGCACCGUCUGCUGAGGAGGCGGCGGCCUUGAAGGAAGCAUUCAGCGAAGCGGUGGAACUAGAGACACGGUUAGAAAAGGCUUGAACUAUUUACCCAUGAUUCCCAUUUACAUCAUGUAAUUACAUGGCUGCAUUCAUACGAUACUAGAACAAAGUAUUACAUCUAGCAAUUUUCAAUCAACCUCCAAGUCAACGUUCAAAAA